AUGGGGAUGACGACGAGAAGCCAGCGGGUGGGGCUGAACCCUCAGCUUCCAGACCCCCCAGCCCGUCGCCUAUCUCCCAUCCCCGAAGCCGUAAACCCCGCAAUCUUACCCGAAUACCCCAACGUUGAGGACCUUUUUCUCGCCGAGGAUGAUUCUCACGAUGAGGAUUACUUUCUCGUCUCAAUCACCUACGACUACUCCACCAUCACAGCCCGAGCUCGUUUGUUCCAAGGAAUAGUGCUUGCUGGGGCCACUCCGCUCCAACUGGCCUAG